GGUUUUCUGGCGCAUUCUGGAUAUUUUGGGGAUAUUUUAGUGUCUUUUUUUAACCCUCUCCAAAUUAGCCGUCUCUUGCCCCCUCCACACACUCGUCAGCCCACACACACUCUCGGGGUGUUAGGGACAGGGGCUGGGGGAAAGUGAGUAGAGACGCUAACACUGGCAUUAAAUUAAAAAUAAUAAUAGAUUAGAUACAUAAAAGAGAGAGAGAAUUAACAAAGACUUCCCCGGCGAAACAGGAGACGUGAGACCGUUGGACUGAUGAGGGGCUGAUGUCAACAUUCAUCUUGGAGGGCACCAUGGGGGUGUCCCUCAGCUUACUGCUGUUGGGCACCGUGUUUGUGGCUCUGUGUUCCUCCCAGGAGCCUCCUCAACCCACAGAUGUUUCUCUCCAGAAAACGCAGUUCGCCACCUCAUCUACCGUGGCCCAGUCUGCACUCAACCUAAGCACAGCCACAAGCGCUGUGGUGACAGCCCUGGGGACAUUAAGUCCGUCUGUUGGCAUAACAACCAUUGUUGGAGGGGGCACUCCCACCGCCCAGCCUCCUGUUGCUGCCCCAACCCCCUACCUGCCAUGGUCUGCUCCAUCUUCAGCCAGCAACGUCACAGAGGGUGACACAAACUCAACUGUCUCCUUUGCUGUGGCCCCUAAUGCCACCAGUGCAGCAAUCAUAGAAGAGUCCAGCACGUCGCCCCCUGCUGGAAUUCCCUCAGCAGACAGUGGCAGCACUGCAGGUGGGAGUGACAGCACAGAUGAGACUCCUAUCAUCGCAGUGACGGUAGCUCUGUCUUCCCUGCUCGUCAUCAUCUUCGUUGUCAUUGUGCUCUACAUGCUAAGGUUUAAGAAAUAUAAGCAAACUGGGAGCCACUCCAACUCCUUUAGGCUGCCAAAUGGUAGGGCAGAUGAUACAGAGCUUCAAAGUGUGCCCCUAUUGGCUCGCUCCCCUAGCACCAACAGGAAGUACCCGCCCCUUCAUAUUGACAAGCUGGAGGAGGAGAUGAACCAUCGCAUGGCAGAUGAUAACAAGAUCUUCCGGGAGGAAUUCAAUUCUUUGCCUGUAUGUCCUAUUCAAGCAUCCUGUCAUGCAGCAUCAAAAGAGGAAAAUAAAGAGAAAAACAGAUAUGUUAAUAUUCUACCCUAUGACCACUCAAGGGUGCAUCUGUCUUUGCUGGAGGGUGUCCCAGACUCUGACUUCAUUAAUGCCUCCUAUAUAAACGGAUAUCAAGAGAAGAAUAAGUUCAUUGCAGCUCAGGGACCCAAAGAGGAAACAGUGAAUGACUUUUGGAGAAUGAUCUGGGAACAGAACACAGCCACUAUUGUCAUGGUGACCAACCUCAAGGAGAGGAAGGAGUGCAAGUGUGCCCAGUAUUGGCCUGACCAGGGAUGCUGGACCUACGGGAAUAUCAGGGUGUCUGUGGAGGACGUGAUGGUGCUGGUUGACUACACCAUCCGCAAGUUCUGCAUCCAGCAGGUGGGUGAUGUCUCUGGAAAGAAGACACAGCGCCUAGUCAUGCAGUUCCAUUUCACCAGCUGGCCGGACUUCGGGGUACCUUUUACACCCAUCGGCAUGCUGAAAUUUCUCAAGAAAGUGAAGUCUUGCAAUCCCCAGUACGCUGGCGCCAUUGUGGUCCACUGCAGCGCGGGAGUAGGCCGCACAGGCACUUUCAUAGUCAUCGACGCCAUGCUGGACAUGAUGGCGACCGAGAGGAAGGUGGACGUCUUUGGCUUCGUGACACGGAUCCGUGCCCAGCGCUGUCAGAUGGUGCAGACAGAGAUGCAGUACGUGUUCAUCUUCCAAGCCCUGCUGGAACAUUACCUGUAUGGUGACACUGAGCUUGAGGUGACAUCCCUGGAAUCUCACCUGGCGAAGCUCUAUUCCCAGUGUCCUGGGGCUGGCUGCAAUGGUCUGGAGGCAGAGUUUAAGAAGCUGAUCUCCAUUAAGAUCCAGAAUGACAAAAUGAGGACAGGAAACCUGCCGGCAAAUAUGAAGAAGAACAGGGUCCUUCAGAUCAUUCCAUAUGAGUUCAAUAGAGUGAUCAUUCCUGUCAAGAGAGGUGAAGAAAACACAGAUUACGUCAAUGCCUCCUUCAUAGAUGGAUACCGACAAAAGGACUCGUACAUGGCCUGCCAGGGACCACUGCAGCACACCACUGAGGAUUUCUGGAGGAUGAUCUGGGAGUGGAAGAGCUGUUCCAUAGUCAUGUUGACGGAAUUGGAGGAGAGGGGACAGGAGAAGUGUGCCCAGUACUGGUCCAGCGAUGGGGUGAUGCCGUGUGGUGACGUGUCCAUUGAGCUGAAGCGAGAGGAGGAGUGUGAGAGUUAUACCAUCAGAGACCUCCUCAUCACGAACAACCGGGAAAAUAAAUCCCGUGCUGUGAGACAGUUCCACUUCCAUGGCUGGCCUGAGGUGGGAAUUCCAGCAGACGGAAAAGGCAUGAUCAGCAUCAUCGGAGCAGUGCAGAAGCAGCAGCAGCAGUCUGGAAACCACCCCAUCACUGUACACUGCAGUGCGGGAGCGGGGCGAACCGGAACAUUCUGUGCUCUUAGCGCGGUAUUGGAGAGGGUGAAGGCAGAGGGCAUACUUGACGUCUUCCAGACGGUCAAAAGCUUGAGGCUACAACGGCCUCACAUGGUGCAGACACUGGAGCAGUACGAGUUUUGUUAUAAAGUGGUCCAGGAGUACAUCGAUGCCUUUUCCGACUACGCCAACUUCAAAUAAAGGCAACGGCAAAUAAAUACAGAGGACGGACUUUCCUGCCCACGGCCCAUCGUCAGCGACACCAACCUGAGAGAAUAGAACGGCAUGGAAGGUGGAAGGACGGUGGAAGAAGCAAAUGAAACGAACUGUACGCUGCGCUAAAUGCACACAUGCCUGUUUGAAUGUUUUCUAAUUUGAUCCUUUCCCAUUUUUGCCAAUGUACUUACGAUACAUUUGAGUUUAUUAUUAUCUUUUGAGAUUUCUGAUGAACACGUAUACAGGAUUUUCCAAUAACCAAGACGGGCAAGUUCAUGUUAAAUAGAACAUCCAGAAAGACCUGGUACCUUAUGAAAUAGAACGGAAAGAUGUUCAGUGUUAUGAAUCUGGCCAUAUGUGAAGGGUUAUAUGGGAUUUAUGUUCACUUUCAGUCACUAGACAAACUUUGAUUUCAGAUGCAAAGAGAUCUAUUUUUUUAUGUAGCAGUAGUUUUGAAAAUUACAGGAUCUCUGUAAAUACCCUUAUAUUUUUUUCUUAUACCAAAAGAAAAAUGAUAGUACAGUAAGUGUAAGAAGAUCAACCUAAUGAUAUACUGCAGGGUUGUGUCGCUGUAAAGAAAAGAGCUGCAGAGUGUGUAGAAAAAAAUGCCCUUUAGCAAAGGCCUGUAUGAUCUACAUGAACUUAUUUUGUAAAUAGAUUUCUAUAAGCCCUCCAUCCCUGCCUGCCCCCAUCAGGACAGAAAGAGCUAUGUGUCUGCUGGAGGUAUGGCAUCAUCUUCUGCUUUUAUAUAGAAGGUGGUUAGAUGUUAACUAAAUACCCUCAAUUACCACAAGGUUCCUUAUUAGCCAUAUUGGCCGAUGCUGACUUGUUACCUGAAGAGUAUGAUCCAGUUUCACUGAAAAAGACCUAAAAGUGCAACCGUCACCCGUCUGGCAGUGUCAGACAUUGGUAUACAGUAGGUCUAAAUUAAAUUGGACCCAGUGCCUUCUUCUCACACAAAACACCCCUCUACUUUCCUACCUUUACAAUAUUAACAUUUGCUGUUGGCUGUGUUUUUUUUUUUUAUCUAACAAACUGAAUAGAAAGCAGCAUAAUUGGAAACUGACUCAGUACUUUGAUUACGUUACUAAUAUUUGGUCUUCCUGAUCCAGCCAAACCAGUGGGUUUUGUUGGGCCUAUCAUCACUGCACAUUAUUUAUUUACAUUUAUAAUCUCCAGAGGUCAUCUGUGCAGCUUGAUGUUUGUUUGGAAUGACUCUGUACAGGGAGGAAAAUAAUAUAAGCUAAUUGUUUUACUUGGUGGGGAAUAUGGGGACCAAACAGUAUCAUGGGUACAUCAACAGCAGGUUGCGACGAUAAAGGGAUGCCCUUUUUUGGUUUGGUUUACAGUUUUGGUCUUUGGUGCUGAUGAAAUCAUUUGUGGGUUUGUAUAGUUGUAUGCUUCCUCACAUGUGAUCCAGAAGAGUUCAGUGUUUUGGAGGUUCCGAUUCUCCUGCAGAUAUCGCUGUGCCAUAACAGCAUAUGCUCUAUAUUCACCCUGACGUGAGUAUGUGUGUGACCACCAGUGGCCUUACGCCAGCAGUCCAAUGCCGUUCGUGGGUGUGCAUGUGUGUAUGAACACUGCACACAUACUACAGUCCUACUGUUUACAUGUGAUGGAAAGUUGUACAAGUGUUUCUGCCUGUGAAAGACCCCAGUGUGACAGUUUCCUUUUUGAAGCAUACAAAUCUGGACAUAUCACGAUAUAAUUCACAGCUGAAUUGUUGGUACUAAAGAAAUGGCAUUUUAAGAAAAUUAAGUUUUUGUGUUGUCUGUGACAAAACACUUUCAUUAUCCAGAACUUUCAUUUUCAUGCUUUUAUUUAUAUUUUCUGGAUUCUUUUUAAAAUUGUCCAUGCGCCUGAUUCCCUGUUCAGUUUUAUUUCCUAAUUGUUCCUCUCGUGUCUCCAUAUCAUUAAGUUUUUACAUUAUCCCGGUUUUAUUUGGCCCUUUAUAGAGUAUUUUAUUUAGUGUAUUUCCAUUAAAGUACUCCCGGGUUGUGUGGAUAAAUGAAACAGGCUUCAGCAAGCAAGACGGACACCAAGCAGAACGUCGCUCAGUUAAUAUCUGUGAGCGAUGCGGGGAGCUCGGUAAACCCCUAGCUGUCUGUACAUACUGUAGGCAUAUUUAUAUUUCUUUUGUGUCCAGUGGCUUGCUACUCAUUUUUUUUAAAGAAAAGAAAAAUAUAUUUUAAAUGCAAUGGGACCAUUUUAAAUUGUAUUAGACCUUUGGUUAUUUGGGGUCCAGACACCCAAUGCUGGAGCCCUUUUGUAUUCGCUGUAUUAGUUUCAUUUGGUAUUGUUGUCUUAUAUAUUUUUUGUUUCACAUUUCGUUUGAUAGUGUUUUAAUCAGAGCUAAGUGUGUGUAUGAAUUAUGAAAUAUAAGCACACUGAAAUAAUAUGCCUCUCUGAACAGAAAUUGUCCAUCGUAUUAAAAGUGCUUAAUAAUAA